AUCGUAUCUGUAUCUCUCUGUGUAUCUGUAUCUGUGUAUCUGAAAAGCAUUGAGUAGGUACAUGCUUACGUUUGAAACAAACACCGACUGCCGCUGCCAUAUUGCGACCUAGUUGCUUACCAAGUAGCAGCCCUACAGUUCCGUACUUCAAAAUUUAUCAACGGUUCUUCGGCACUAAAAACAACGCUUGACUACCACAAGUUUUCGCUUCGGCCAUCCGUUUGUGGAGAUAAGUAAAGCGGACGCCCCAAUGUCAACUGCGCCAAACAUCUCUCUUUACCUGGUUCAAAACGUACAAACAUCCUAAUGCAAUCAUGAUUAGGUAAGGGCCAAACGGGAUGUUUUUCUGGGAGAGCAAACGUUGUGUUUCCUGGUCAGGGUCUGUGUGCACGGUCUCCAUUGAACAAGUUGCAAUACUAUAAUAUAGAUAUGCACUUGGGGCUUGAAGACACACAUCAGCAAGUUGCGGCUCACCGUACAUGCAUUUGCGUCUCUUGCGGGGUGAUGCCGACCCUUGUGUACACGUAAACCAAUUGCAUGCCAAUCUAUAUUCUGACACAGCACAUGACGAUGGCACAAAUUUACGCAGGAUUUUGCUGCUGCUAACGGGUUGGGCGGUAUUGACCCUGAUGCCAGCAACCGCUGUAAGACUUCCACUAGGGAGUGGAGUGACAGUUUACGACUUGCUGGCGACUUCAGGUGUCCUUCCCCAGGGUGUUCUAUCCUUACAGCCGCAACCAAAUGCCGCGUCUCCCACAACCACAUACUUACCAUCCACAACCCUUACACUGCAAGGGUGGGGUAGCCACUUGCCUGGAAACCAGAUAAGCGGGGCCUACAAUCAACCCGGCUUCACCAUUGGAAGUCAACACCCAGCAGGCCCUCCCAUUUCUCCCCCUUCGAUCCCUUCCACGGCUCCCAGCUCUCCCACUUCUCCUAGCUCUCCCACUCCCCCAAAUCCUCCCAGCUUUCCCAACUUCCCUCCCACUGACCCUGACAAACCCUUUACAAUUUUGGACUGCUCGGGACUGGUUGACUUUUCUGUGUCGAAGGUCUCGGUAAUCAGCUUAAAGCCAGGUCAACACCUCAAGUUGUCGUCACUGUCAGUGCUACUGAUAGACCUCGUAGAGCCCCUGGGCCCAGCAGCCAGCAUGGUCAUUGAUCACCUCACACCUUCAGGCCUCGUCCAAGUACCCAAAGGAGCCAUCCUGACCCUCCAAAACGUGACACUGGUAUUGUCACCUUACUCUAUGCGGACUUACUUGGAAAUCCUCAGCUGUAAAGUGAGUGCCUGGCCCUACAGCACAGCAGUCACAAUCUUGUACAACGAGAUACAUAUCGAGAGCCUAACUACAUGGUCGCUGGCAUCAGAUGGAGGCCGCGACAAUGUCAACACAGCAGGCGGCGAGGUGCAGUGGCUGGGUGUCACUUUGAGGGGCGCGGAUGCAAAGCCAUUUAUUAAUCCCUUGGGAGCAACGGCUGUGACAGAAGCCUGGCAGCUGGGUUACAAGUUGCAAACUGACUUGGUGGGCGUCAUUGGCAUACCCGGGUCACUGUUCCUGUCGCUUGCAGCCGACAUCGUGAUUCCCCGUGAUGGCAGCUGGGAGCAGGCCUUCUUAGUCGACGGGCGUCCCUGGGUGCUGUUGGGAGAUCCCGAGCGGAGCACGACCCUGGAUUUAUCAGGCUUGGAAGGCGCCUGGUACACUGCUUCUUAUCAAAACAAUUGGGCGAGCAACCUAACUGCUGAAAAUACUUUAAUGCACAUCCACGGCUUGACACUCAUCAACUUGCCGCACACACAACAGCCAAGGGCUCCAAGCAGCCUUCUGGCCAUUAGCCUACAGAGCUUCGGGAUCUACAGGGGCUCAACAGGUGGCUACGAUUCUCCCCAGCUGGUCCUCAAGCGCUGUACAAUUGUCGUACCGGACCAGGAGGUUGCCUUCCUGGAGCGAGCAGUGCUGCUGGGGAGGAAUAAUGGGACUAUGCCUGCUGUGGGGGACCCUUCUAAGCUGUUCGCCGUCUUCGAUGUGCAGGUCCCAUCCGAUGACAUGUCAGCCAGCUCACCCAGCAGCACGGGUGGGAAGCUGCUGGUCACCAGGCUCAGGAUUGGGAACCAGGUCUCUCUGAUCAACUGCACCCUGCUGUCUGCCAGUCGAUACACAGCUUUGCCUGACAGCCGGCCUCUGCUGCCUUCAGAACGUGUGUGGCCGCCAGAGGUCUUACACGGGAAUGUGGACACAGCAGCGCAAUGGGGUCCGCUUGGAACUGCCUUUGCUCAGGGUCUCCAGGACGCGCUGGCCAACCUAAACUCAACAUGCGGGCCACUGCCGGGGAAGGCCCCACUUAUGUUUACUACAAUCCGUAAUGACGGAAGCAUUCCUUCCCUGGCUGCCACCACGGCAUUUGAGGAAGCCAAAAGAAUCCACAUCUCAAGUGGUGGACGCCUGGCCUCUGCCAGCGAAUGCAUUGUGGGAGGUUUCCCGCAGCAGCUAGGUGGCGAUCGCACCUUUGUCAAUAUGAAGGGCGCCAUCGGCCGUGUUGAGCUGCAGCGCCCCAUCACGCUCCGGAACCUGGUGCUGUACAACCUGGCUCCGGGCGGCAUGUACCCGCUGGUGUCUAAUGGUAAUUUAGGCUAUGGCAGCAGUUACGGCUAUAGCUUCGGUAUAGUUGGUCGCCAGCAGGCAUCAGCUCCAGCCCAAGCGGCUCCUCAGCUGGAGGGCGCAGAUGCCGCUUGGACCAACAGCUCCCUGCCGCUGUGGUUCUUCCGGAUGGCUAGGGAGCCCGCCGGUGUCACCUCUGACACGCAGCAGCAGCCACUGCUGGUGCUUGAAAACGUGACACUUGUGAUUCCGGAGGUCGAGUGGCGAGCAAUGGUAGCUGCCGUACUACUGGUUCUGCGAGCUGCUGCUACCCCUCCGCCGCCUUCAGGGGUCCUGGCUGCUGCAUCGGAGGGACAGCAGCCGGCCCUGGUGCAAGCACUAGACCGGGAGGUAUUAGAUACGACAACUUCGCUAUCGUCACAACAGCAGCUGGAGGAACAGCCAGACCAGAGGUACUUGCUGGGGACCAAGAAGACCGUGGAGAUGCAGCGACCGGGAAGGCCACUGUUAAGGGGCAACGCUGCUGCGGCAUUUGGAAAGGGAGGAAGCCAGGCAGGCGUGGAUACUCACAAGAAGGCUGCCCGCCGUGCGCUGCAAUUCCUGGGAUUCGAUUUCGGAUUUGGCCUGCCUUGGUCCAACCCACCACCGCCGCCGGCCCAGGCGUUUGUUCCUCAACCACCUAAAUCAGAGGCAUCAGGCCCUGCAGCGGCAUCGGGCCCUGCAAACACGAUAGCAACCGUUGUGCAGCCACCGGCAUCUGCCAAGCCACCACCAGCAGGGUAUCACGUAAUUUAUUUCCCCAAAGCACCCCCAUCACCUCCGAAACCUCCGCCAGUGCCUCCAUCACGGCAGCUCCCAAGGCCUCCACCACUGCUUCCAUCUCCGUCACCCAUGCCCCCGCUGCCUCCAGCACCGCCGCCUUCAACACCUUCUGAAUCUACAACUCGUGCAGCACUGCUGGAGUUUGCCAGCUCGUCACAGGUUCUGUCGUACAACUACGAUGCUGGCGAGCUGGUCCUGGCGGUUGCACGGCACUACGGUUGGGUUGGCACCAACGUAACACUGACGUACAAGUUGCCAGCGGACGCUCCGAGCAGUGCGAGUUUUCUGUCGUACCCGCCUCUUGUCCUGCCGUACCAGGAUCUCGCAGGCAUGGACAUCAACAUCACGGUGGAGCAGCCUGGCGUUGCCGGGCCACCCUCCAUCGCGCCCACCAUCCAGCCAGUACAUGGCAGCAGUCCUGGUGACUCAAAUGAUGGUGAUAGCAGUGUACCGACAGCGGCCGAUGGCAUAUUGCCCGUCUGGCAGUACCCCUCUUCAGUAGUUGCGCCUUCCCAGCAAUACAGCAGCCACGCACCUUCUCCCUACUAUCCUCACGUCGAUGGCACACCACCCGCUACCCCGUCCGUACCGCCUAGCAACAGCAGUAGCAGCGUCUCAAGGCCAGCAUGGGUGCCACCAGUUGCGGGAUGCCUAUCCGCGUUUGGCGCCGUCCUCAUGCUUCCACUGCUGUUGUUGGCAGCGUACAUGACGUGCAAGAUGCGUCGGUGUGCUGCCGCUGCGGUGACAGCCCCUGUCAAGGAAGGCUGCCCAUCGGCAGCUAAUGAUGCUGCUGACGCUGUUUCCUCAAUGUUUGCUACAUGCGCCGCUUCCACCUCCUCCGCGUUGCCUGCUGUUAAAACCUUUGAUGACGCUGAAGGCAAAGCACAGCAGCUAGCUGUUGGUUCGGGUGUAAGUGGCAGCACUUCAGGUGCAUUUGGGAACAACAGUGGCAUUCCGCAUGAUGACAGGGGUGGCGCAGGGGGCUCAAGUGGGACGGGUGGGGAAAGCAGAGCAGGUAUAGGCGUCGAAGAUAGGAGGUACGACAGAACAGCAGGCGGAGGCCCCGAGAUGACAUCAACGUCUACAGCAGCGCAAGCAGCACCCUGGAACGGAGGAAGCCCUGUGGAAAAGCGCAAGACCUCAAGUGCUGCAGUGGGCAAUGUCGAGGCACUGGGAGGCGCAAUAUGUUUUCUGGAGGCAAACCGUCUGGCCGUUCAUCGUGUACUGAAGGCGGCUUUGAUGGAAACCACAGCUCUUGGGAAGGAUCCGCAGCAACAGGAAGUACGCGGUUCACAGAGGCAGCAACCAGGCCAGAAAGCCAUUAAUACGUUUAAUGGCAAAUGUGGUGCAUCUAGCCUGGAAGGGAAAGAAGAGGACAGUGGCACCUGCGGCUUAUUGCAGGGAGUGGAGGCCCUGCCAGACCUCCGUGACGAGGCAUCAUCUUUGGCCUGCAGUGCUGAUGCCCUUAAGGAGAUGCUGACAUACUACAGAUCGCAACAAGACAAGGCCGAGCAUAGCCCUGGAGAGGACCAGCCGCAGCACCAGCAGCGGGAACAAGGGGACGUUGAGUUGGGCUGCAGUGCCCCUCAGGUGCCAUCUGAGGCCCACAUGUCGCAAGCGGUUCCCAUCCAGCAGGAUGGAGAGCGGAAACAGCAGCCGGGACCUCUCCCGACACUGCGAGAUGCAAUAGCUGCUAUUAGGGCGGAGUUGCGGGACCCACAGUUCCGAGUGCACUCCGUGUUGAGUCGUGGCACCACGAGUGUGGUGUUCCGCGGCGCAUGGAAGGACCUGCCAGUGGCAAUAAAGACGCUGGUGGUGCUUGGCGGAACCCUGGGUCAGGAGGGUCUCCAAAAGCAUCGGGCGGUGCUGGAAGCGGCCAUUUCCGUGAGCCUGGCACACCCCAACAUCGUGGCGACCUACGUCUACGAUAUGAAGCCCCUGGUGGGUAAGCCGCCUCAACGCGACCAGCAGGACUUGUCAGCAGCAAGGAACACGACGCCAGGGCUGGGGGCAGCUGCGAAUCCGGAUGGCUGCCCUUCCGUUGCCGUUUCCCCCCUACCUGGCAACCAGGAGGAGGGGGUCGUAGAUGCGUACAAGCUGUACAUCGUGCAGGAGUUCUGCAACGCUGGCACGCUGCGCCAAGCACUUGAUGACGGUGUUGCUGGCAGCGUCCGUGCUGGUGGGCUGCUCCGAGUACUUGCACUGCGGCUGGCUUUGGACGUGGCACAGGGCAUGCGGCAUAUACACGGCUGCCGUAUUGUGCAUGGAGACCUGAAGUCGGACAAUGUGCUGCUGGUAAGUGGGCCUCGAGCAACAUCCAUCGACGGCUCCACAGCACUGGAAACUGCUUCAGGGGCCGGACUUGAGAAUGCGGGGGCGGCAAAGCUGCAGCUGACGGCCAAGGUGGCGGAUUUCGGGCUCAGCCUGCCGCUGCCCGAGGGAGCCACGCACGCCUCGCAGCGCUUCCAGGGAACUCCUGCCUACAUGGCGCCGGAGGUGAUGUUGGGCGGCCACCUGUCCCCUCGUGCGGACGUUUGGUCGUUCGGGCUGCUGCUGUUGGAGCUCUACUACGGCUGCACAGUUGCUGAUAUGUUGGUGAUCAGCACUAGUGGCGAAGCUGCUGAGGCACCAGGGCAGAGCAAUGCGCUGGAUGAGCUUCGACCCUUCCUCCCUUUCUUAUUCCAGGACAUGGUGACAGCAGGACAUGUGCCGUUCGCAGAGCUGGUUACCGCGUGCCUGGCGUCUGACCCACGGGUCCGUCCGGGGUUCGGGGACAUUGUUGUGAAAAUGGAAUGGCUACUAAACGCAGUUGAAUCAUAGCGGGUGAGCCCCGGAAAAGCUAACGGGUGAGCAGGAAAGCAGCCUCGGCGUUUUCUGGUCGACUGCUAAUGAACGGAUUUGAGACAUCUCUUGCACAUGCACUCAUAGAAUGCGUGAUGGUCAUGUGUAAUUCUAGUGCGGCGUAUGAGAUUGUUGGUCCGCCUUCCAUUGCGUAGCGAAACGUAUUACGAACCGCUGAUGCUGUAUGUUGACAUGCGUGCUUAUCUGUGUUGCCUGUGUUCUUUGUGACCUAAACACUACUGCCGGCAAUUUUGAUUUCCACUGCUGUUCAAGGCCCUUCUGCAGCCUGCGACAUACAUACUGUCCACUAAUUUGUACUGCUGCAGAUGGAGAUUAACUUGAAUUAAUGUUGAACAGAACUCUGAUGGGCUUUAGGAGCGACAAGUGCGUACUUGCCCAUAUUAUUGGCCGUAGGUAUUGCUGCAGGUUGCAGUGUGGCAUACAUGCAGUUUGUUGACCUGUCUGUGAUGUGCAGGUUAUGUGUGUUUUCGAUAAUGCAACCCGCUGAACUACCCCAUUGGGUGCCCGUCAAUCCUUGGGUUACUGAUUUACCGGGUAUUCCAGUAGUCUCUUCGUCCUCCGACGUGCGGAGCAGCUUUUAUGCAACUGAGUGGUAACUAAGCGUGUAAAAUUUGAACCACAUAACUAACACUUGAUAUUAGUUGUUGUAGAUGAUGCGUGCGCUGCUUCUUGGCCCAGGCUUUUUGUGUCUUGCACACUGGUACAUCAAUGCCACACUACGGAAUGUUGUAAUUGCUGUGAUUACAGCUCAUAGCGCUUAUGGCGGUUAUCGUACCAGUUAUGUUAAUUUGUGCUGUGGAUUUUACUGCUGGACCUCAUGAGCUGGUAGUUAAGUUCGGCAAGUACGUCAUGGGCUGAGGGUCUUAAGCCAUUCCAUCAAUCAGAGGAACCACGCCGUUUAUUUCAAAUGCAUACCCGGAUUUUGCCUGAGGCCCAUUCCACGAAUGCAAACUGUGGUACUCGUAAAAAGGUCCAGGGACAAAGGUCAUUGCAACCCUUGUCACGCACUGCUUCUUUUUCUGGGGUGUGCAAACCUGGUAAUGGCCACAAGGAGGUUGUAACUGAAUGGAAGAAGAC